GUGAGUUGGCCAGCUCUAUUGAUGUGAAAUGAACAGCUCAUCAGAAUAAUGUAUGUUUAUUUUUAUCUGGUGAAUAAAAAUUGUUUGCUUUAAUUUGGAAAGAAAACUAAGUAAUACUCUGCAGAAUAAGCCAUAUAAUAAAACACUCAACAUGACAGAGAGACAAGUUUCGCCUGCAUUAAAGAAAAUCUUGGAGCAAGAUGUGAAGCUGACGGAUCGCUUUGUUGCCUACCUGCUGCAGUUCUCAUCCUUCAAGUCACUGAAGAUACACUGCAAAAUGCUGGAGGUCUCAUGCGAUGGCAUCGCUUGGCUUGCAACAUGGGUCGCCUUCAUCUGGUUGCUCAACUCCAGCGAUCUGCAUCAGAUGCAAGUGAAUAUGCUGAUAGGAUUGUUGCUGGACAUCGUCGUGGUGGCACUUCUCAAAGCAUUUGUGCGCAGACGGCGUCCAAUGCCGGCCACAGACAUGCUGACAAUUGGACCCGAUAAAUUCAGCUUUCCAUCGGGUCAUGCAUCACGAGCUUUCUAUAUCCUCGUCUUCUUCACCCAUCUGUAUUCCCUGCCCAUCAUUUUCUGGAUGCCAUUGACCGCUUGGGCUGUCAGCGUUGUGCUCUCCAGACUGAUAUUGAAACGCCAUUAUAUUUUGGAUGUUUGCGCUGGAGCAUUGAUUGGAGUUGUGGAAGCCUUGUUCCUUGGUCUGAUUUGGCUUAGCGCUGAUUCAGCUGCUUGGUUCGUUGGUUUCCUAUCUGAAGACAAAGUGUUCAGUGAACCCAAUUAAAUACUAUGUAGGAAACUCAUCAUUUUUGCUUAUUACUUUGUAUAUAAUCGCAAUGCCAAAGCAGCAGUUGGUAAAGUUAAUUUGUUGAAUUUGUUACCUUUUUGAAAGGUCUGGGAAAAAUAUGAAAUAAAGCCUCGAAAGACAUAGUUUUUUUUA